AUGGCGCUCUAUGAGCUCUUUGCGCACCCGGUGGAGCGGGGCUACCGUGCGGGGCUCUGCUCCAAGGCGGCGCUCUUCCUGCUGCUGGCCGCCGCGCUCACGUACAUCCCGCCGCUGCUGGUGGCCUUCCGGAGCCACGGGUUUUGGCUGAAACGGAGCAGUUACGAGGAGCAGCCAACCGUGCGCUUCCAGCACCAGGUGCUGCUCGUGGCCUUGCUAGGAUCCGAGCCGGGCGGGUUCCUCGCCUGGAGCACGUUCCCCGCCUUCAACCGGCUGCAGGAGGGUCAUCUGCGCGUCCCGCUCGUCUCGGCUAGAGAAGAAGACAGGAACCAGGACGGGAAAAUGGAUGUGCUGCGCUUUGAGCUGGAGCUCCCCCUGCAGCCCACGGAGCAGGUCCUAGGCGUGCAGCUCAUCCUGACUUUCUCCUACCAGCUGCAUAGGAUGUCGACAUUCGUGAUGCAGAGCAUGGCAUUUCUCCAGUCCUCCUUUGCCGUUCCCGGGUCCCAGUUAUAUGUGAACGGAGACCUGAGGCUGCAGCAGAAGCAGCCCCUCGGCUGUGGUGGCCUGGACGUCCGGUACAAUGUGUCCGUCAUCAACGGGACCAGUCCGUUUGCCAGUGACUACGACCUCACGCGCAUUGUUGCUGCCUAUCAGGAAAGGAACGUAACCACCAUCCUGACUGACCCCAGCCCCAUCUGGCUGGUGGGAAGGGCUGCAGAAGCUCCAUUUGUGGUUAAUGCAGUCAUCCGAUACCCCGUGGAAGUCAUUUCAUAUCCUUUCUGUUAA